AUGUCUUCUAGAAAAGCCAUCCAGUGCAGAGAUGCAGACAGAGUGCUGAUGGAGAACCCACCGCAGCCAUUUGUUCUGCUGGUCAUUUAUUGCAUGGGCUGUUCAGGAGCACGUUGCACUUUGCCCUCACUUGGAAUCUGCGUAGUUCUGACUUCCCACAGCGCUGGGUGCUGUACUGCUGCUCUGCUCCCUCUGAAGGACCUGCUUGGACCUUCUUACUUCUCUGAAGGCAGCCAGGGUGUCCCUGAGCAGUUAACAUUUCCCCCAUGGAGCUGUACCUGUGUCUUAGGUGCUCCUCAGUUACUCCUGGGAUCUUCAGACCUUAAUCAGACUUUACUUAAGGCUCUAGUAGUGCCUGAGUGCAGUGCCUGUAAUGGUUGUGGGGUGCAGAACACACAGGCAAUGCCAUCUCUUAUCCUCCCGGAGAUCUCACAUUUAUCCAGCCCAUGGUCCCAUCUCCCACGUGCCUGUGCAGUGCUGGAGCCUGGGGAUGUGCCCCUGUCUUUGAGGGAGUUUUCCACGCCCAGAGGCUGUUCCUGCACAUGCCCCAAGGAGCUGGUGGGGCUGAACCUUUCCUGGAGGAACAUGGACUGAAAGAGGAGCUUCACCAGACCUCAGCUGCUGGUGCCCUUCGCCUGGACCCUGAUGGACUCCACGUCAGGACUGCAUUACCAUGGUGAUGAUCUUAACCAAACCGCGGCAAAACAAAGGUGCUGACUCCGUAACAAGCAGGACUGAGCUGCACACUCCAAAGAUGAGUCAAGGACCUACCCUCUUCUCUUGUGGCGUGAUGGAAAAUGACAGAUGGAGAGAUCUCAGCAGGAAAUGUCCACUCCAGCUCGAGCAGCCGGGCGCCAGCAUCUGGGACUGCUUGUCGGACAAGGGCGAGGAGGGCUCGCGCUGGCCCAGGGAUACAGCCACCACUUGCUCCGUCACCAACCUGAUCAAAGACCUCAGCCUCAGCGACCCCCAUGGCAACCCGUCGGCCCCCCCCAGCAAGCGCCAGUGCCGCUCGCUCUCCUUUUCGGAUGAGAUGUCCGGUUGUGGCUCCUCCUGGAGACCUUUGGGCUCCAAGGUCUGGACGCCGGUGGAGAAGCGGCGCUGUUACAGCGGGGGCAGCGUGCAGCGCUACUCCAAUGGCUUCGCCACCAUGCAGAGGAGCUCGAGCUUCAGCCUCCCGUCGCGGUCCAACCCGCUGUGCUGCGAGCAUCCCGCCCUCAGCAGCCGCCUGGGGUGCCAGCCGAGGAGAUCAGCCACGGGCGGGCGCGGGGUGGACAUGCAGAGGUCCCUGUCCUGCUCUCACGACCACUUCUCCUCCUCGGAGUACUGCGUGCCAUCGGCGAGCAGCACUCCUGCCUCCACACCGGAGCUGGGCCGACGGGCAGGGGGGCUGUCCCGGAGCCGCUCGCAGCCCUGCGUCCUGAAUGACAAAAAGGUUGGCGUCAAGCGGCGGAGACCGGAGGAGGUUCAGGAGCAACGGCCCUCGCUGGACCUUGCCAAGAUGACGCAGAACCGACAGACAUUCAACAGCCUCACCUGCCUUAGCGCCGCGGCCGAGGACGGCUCCCGCCGCAUCCCAGCCCCGCAUCCAUGGCCUGCAGCCCCCUGCUCCCCGGAGGUGAUGCCGGGCAGGACCCCCGCCUGCACCCCAGUGCCGGAGCCUCCACGCUCGCGCGGCGAGGAUCACCGGGCCAGCAGGGAUGACCUGUCCUGUGAGGAGGAGGAGGAUGCUGCAGCAUGGCACGGCGCUGGGACCGGCACCGACAGCCUCUUCCAGCUGGAUGGAGAGAUUGACAUCGAGCAGAUAGAGAACAACUGAAGAGGGAGCGGGUCCUCUCGCCCGGGUGUCAGCAGAGCCGGGCAGGGCUCCCCACUGCCAGCAAUGGGGCUGUGGGGUCCUGCCACUGCUCCCCUCCGGAGGGGACGAAGCAGCUUUGCCAAAACUUCAUCAGGUAUUUA